AUGCUUCUCUGCUUCUCUCCUUCACACCCCUUCUCUGCUUCUCUCCUUCACACCCCUUCUCUGCUUCUCUCCUUCACACCCCUUCUCUGCUUCUCUCCUUCACACCCCUUCUCUGCUUCUCUCCUUCACACCCCUUCUCUGCUUCUCUCCUUCACACCCCUUCUCUGCUUCUCUCCUUCACACCCCUUUGCUUCUCUCCUUCACACCCCUUCUCUGCUUCUCUCCUUCACACCCCUUCUCUGCUUCUCUCCUUCACACCCCUUCUCUGCUUCUCUCCUUCACACCCCUUCUCUGCUUCUCUCCUUCACACCCCUUCUCUGCUUCUCUCCUUCACACCCCUUCUCUGCUUCUCUCCUUCACACCCCUUCUCUGCUUCUCUCCUUCACACCCCUUCUCUGCUUCUCUCCUUCACACCCCUUCUCUGCUUCUCUCCUUGACACCCCUUCUCUGCUUCUCUCCUUGACACCCCUUCUCUGCUUCUCUCCUUCACACCCCUUCUCUGCUUCUCUCCUUCACACCCCUUCUCUGCUUCUCUCCUUCACACCCCUUCUCUGCUUCUCUCCUUCACACCCCUUCUCUGCUUCUCUCCUUCACACCCCUUCUCUGCUUCUCUCCUUCACACCCCUUCUCUGCUUCUCUCCUUCACACCCCUUCUCUGCUUCUCUCCUUCACACCCCUUCUCUGCUUCUCUCCUUCACACCCCUUCUCUGCUUCUCUCCUUCACACCCCUUCUCUGCUUCUCUCCUUGACACCCCUUCUCUGCUUCUCUCCUUGACACCCCUUCUCUGCUUCUCUCCUUCACACCCCUUCUCUGCUUCUCUCCUUCACACCCCUUCUCUGCUUCUCUCCUUCACACCCCUUCUCUGCUUCUCUCCUUCACACCCCUUCUCUGCUUCUCUCCUUCACACCCCUUCUCUGCUUCUCUCCUUCACACCCCUUCUCUGCUUCUCUCCUUCACACCCCUUCUCUGCUUCUCUCCUUCACACCCCUUCUCUGCUUCUCUCCUUCACACCCCUUCUCUGCUUCUCUCCUUCACACCCCUUCUCUGCUUCUCUCCUUCACACCCCUUCUCUGCUUCUCUCCUUCACACCCCUUCUCUGCUUCUCUCCUUCACACCCCUUCUCUGCUUCUCUCCUUCACACCCCUUCUCUGCUUCUCUCCUUCACACCCCUUCUCUGCUUCUCUCCUUCACACCCCUUCUCUGCUUCUCUCCUUCACACCCCUUCUCUGCUUCUCUCCUUCACACCCCUUCUCUGCUUCUCUCCUUCACACCCCUUCUCUGCUUCUCUCCUUCACACCCCUUCUCUGCUUCUCUCCUUCACACCCCUUCUCUGCUUCUCUCCUUCACACCCCUUCUCUGCUUCUCUCCUUCACACCCCUUCUCUGCUUCUCUCCUUCACACCCCUCCUCUGCUUCACACCCCUCCUCUGCUUCACACCCCUCCUCUGCUUCACACCCCUCCUCUGCUUCACACCCCUUCUCUACUUCACACCCCUUCUCUGCUUCACACACCUUCUCUGCUUCACACCCCUUCUCUGCUUCACACCCCUUCUCUGCUUCACACCCCUUUUUUUUUUGCAGCCCUUAACAGCUUCCUUAGCAGCUUCCCCUCUCUUCCACCCCCUCCUCAGCAUCACGGUUUGA